GUUAUAAGUGUUCAACGUGCGUGACGGGAGUCAGUAGCAUUCGCAUUCGUGCCGAGGUAUCAGACGCGUUCGAGAGUCACGCCGGCGAAGAACUACCUACUGCUCGACGGUUAAUCCGAGACUAUAUUAUAUUUUCGGCGUACGCGUGAUAAACUUGUGUGGAACCAUGGCGACGGAGGUGGCGCAACUUCCCCAUCUGAAGGUCUUCGAGCGCGUAAUGGAAUUACCUAUCGUUGAGUUAGCGCUCGUCAAAUCCGCAGAGACGUAUUCCAGGGUGAAGAGUUCGAAUCAGUUGGUGCAUUGGGCUCUGAGUACCGCCGAGUCGUCCAUAAGCACCGCGACGAGACAAGCGAUGCCCAUCGCCGUGCCCAUCGCAAAAAGACUCGAGAGCCCCAUCAAUUUCGUCGAUAACACGUUAUGCUUUGGUCUCGAUAAAAUCGAAGAAAAAGUGCCGCUGGUGAAGGAGAAACCCGCACAGAUUUAUGAGAAGGCGGUAUUAAGAAUUUCGCAUGUAAACGAUUUAAUUCUUGAACAAGCGGCGAAUUUGCGAGACAUCAGCUGGAAUACGGCCAAUCAAAUACUCGAUACGCGCUAUGGCAGUGUGGCCGUAAGAGGCAUAGAUAACACGGCCGGUGUCGUUGAUAAGCUCAUUGACAGAUAUUUCCCCGCAACAGGAGAAGAACAACCGAUAGAUAUCAACCCAGUUGAGGAGGACAAGCUGCUACAUACUUUACAAACCGUCGGUCACCUGUCCAAUAAAGCUGCUCGACGUUUAUAUCUAAACAUAAUAAGCCACCUGAAUACCAUCAAGAAGGAAGGUUUAUUGAAAGCUUAUGUCAACAGUUUAGUCGAGUUCCUUGGAGUCACGAAGGUUAUACAUCAAUCUAAUAUCAAUGAAAAGCCACAUGCUAAUGGCGAGAAAAAAGAAGAGCCGCACGACGAAAAGGAAAAGAACGAGUAAAAAUGCUGCUUCCAUUCUAUUUUUCACGAAAUUUCCCCACAUAUGGUCAUUUAAACCAUCGAAAUAAAUGUCAUUUAUAUUUAUCAUCUGGAAAUAACUGUUUAUAUAUUUAUUUUUAAUAAUUGUGCAUAUAUAAUUGUUAUUUGCGGUGACUUUGUGAAUAUCAUUAAGAAUCGAAUUAUUGCGGUCACACGUGCUAAUUCCUCAUGGCUCAUUCCGAAAGAAACAAUCGACGUGCGAAAAUAUUUUGCAUCAGUGAAGUGCUAAUAUAUGAACAUUCCUUUGUUAUUCGCUAAAUACAAAAUAUUUAAAAAAAAACCGAGAACGAGAUGUAGAAUAUAUAGUGUAUAAAUAAGAUAUUUUAUAUUUAUAUAUUUUGUAUAAUAUCCACAAGUGUGUGAAAAUAAGAGUAAAAACAAAAAUACGAAUGCAAUAAAUUUCAGAUAUUCUUACCACAAAUGUAUAGCUGAAAUAAAAUAAACUAAUAAAAUAAUAGUCUGUAAACAA